CCCCCAGAUUGGCAAGAUUUUAUUGGAAUUGUCUCAUUGCUCUUCAUCAACUCAACUAUUAGCUUCAUCGAAGAAAAUAAUGCAGGCAAUGCUGCUGCUGCACUUAUGGCUGGUCUUGCUCCCAAAACCAAGGUCCUAAGAGAUGGAAAAUGGAAUGAGCAAGAAGCAGCGAUUUUGGUACCGGGAGACAUCAUCAGUAUUAAAUUGGGAGAUAUUGUCCCUGCAGAUGCACGUCUCCUUGAAGGUGAUGCACUCAAGAUUGAUCAGUCUGCCCUUACCGGUGAGUCUUUGCCUGUAAAUAAGCACUCAGGUGAUGAGGUAUUCUCUGGUUCGACUGUAAAGCAAGGUGAGAUUGAGGCUGUCGUUAUUGCCACCGGCGUCCACACCUUCUUUGGAAAAGCUGCUCACCUUGUUGAUAGCACCAAUAACAUAGGGCACUUCCAGCAGGUGCUGACAGCAAUUGGGAACUUCUGCAUAUGCUCAAUUGGAGUAGGGAUGCUUAUCGAGAUUGUUGUGAUGUAUCCAAUCCAGCGCCGUAAGUACAGAGAUGGAAUCGAUAAUCUAUUGGUGCUUCUCAUUGGAGGGAUUCCAAUUGCCAUGCCAACAGUUUUAUCUGUGACCAUGGCUAUCGGAUCUCACCGGCUUUCACAACAAGGAGCCAUCACUAAGAGAAUGACAGCAAUUGAAGAAAUGGCUGGAAUGGACGUACUUUGCAGUGAUAAGACAGGGACACUCACUCUCAACAAGCUUACAGUGGACAAGAGCAUGAUUGAGGUGUUCAUGGACAAUAUUGACAAGGAAAUGGUUCUUCUACUAGCGGCAAGGGCCUCCCGGGUUGAGAAUCAAGAUGCCAUUGAUGCCUGCAUUGUUGGAAUGCUAGGUGAUCCCAAGGAGGCCAGAGCAGGGGUUACAGAGGUUCAUUUCUUUCCCUUCAACCCUGUUGAUAAGCGUACAGCCAUGACAUAUAUCGAGGCUGAUGGUAGUUGGCACCGAGCCAGCAAAGGUGCUCCAGAACAGAUUAUUGAACUAUGUAACCUCCGAAAUGAUGCGAAGAGGAGAGCUCAUGAUAUCAUUACUAAGUUUGCUGAUCGUGGGCUUCGCUCUCUUGCAGUGGCAAAACAAAAAGUGCCUGAGAAAACCAAGGAUGGCCAAGGAGAUCCAUGGCAAUUUGUGGGUUUAUUGCCUCUAUUUGAUCCCCCAAGGCAUGAUAGUGCAGAGACAAUUCGCCGUGCUCUAAGUCUUGGUGUCAAUGUCAAGAUGAUCACAGGUGAUCAACUAGCCAUUGGAAAGGAAACUGGUCGCCGGCUCGGCAUGGGAACCAACAUGUAUCCAUCAUCAGUUCUCCUUGGUGAAAAUAAGGGUGAUGCAUUAGAUACAAUUGGUGUUGAUGAGCUUAUCGAGAAGGCUGAUGGUUUUGCAGGCGUUUUUCCUGAGCACAAGUAUGAAAUUGUGAAGAGGCUACAACAAAGAAAGCACAUAUGUGGCAUGACCGGAGACGGUGUGAAUGAUGCACCAGCUCUUAAGAAGGCAGAUAUUGGGAUUGCAGUCGAUGAUGCAACCGAUGCAGCUCGUAGUGCGUCAGACAUAGUAUUAACAGAACCAGGACUAAGUGUGAUUGUGAGUGCUGUUCUGACAAGUAGAGCAAUUUUCCAGAGAAUGAAAAACUAUACCAUCUAUGCUGUCUCCAUUACUAUCCGGAUAGUGUUGGGAUUUAUGCUCCUUGCACUUAUUUGGAAGUUCGAUUUUUCACCUUUCAUGGUUUUGAUCAUAGCCAUACUCAAUGAUGGAACAAUUAUGACCAUUUCCAAGGACAGGGUUAAGCCAUCUCCCAUGCCUGACUCAUGGAAGCUCAAGGAGAUUUUUGGCACUGGCAUUGUCCUCGGCACCUAUCUAGCUUGCAUGACUGUUGUUUUCUUCUGGGCUGCGAAUGACUCGAACUUCUUUUCGGAUAAAUUUGGUGUAAGAUCCAUUAGACACAAUCAAGACGAGCUUACAGCAGCUGUUUACCUCCAAGUGAGCAUAGUGAGUCAAGCACUCAUCUUCGUCACUCGUUCUCGAAGCUGGUCUUUCAUCGAACGUCCCGGGUUCUUGCUCGUGAUUGCCUUCAUUUUGGCACAACUCGUGGCUACUGUAAUUGCAGUUUAUGCAAACUGGGGGUUUGCAAGAAUCAAAGGCAUAGGAUGGGGUUGGGCGGGUGUAAUCUGGAUCUACAGUGUUGUCUUUUACUUCCCACUUGAUGUAUUCAAGUUCUUGAUCCGCUAUGCCAUGAGUGGAAAAGCUUGGAAUAAUUUGCUUCAAAACAAGACCGCCUUCACAACAAAGAAGGAUUACGGAAAAGGAGAGAGGGAAGCACAAUGGGCAUUGGCUCAACGCACCCUUCAUGGCUUGACACCUCCUGAAAUUACCGAGAAGAGCAACUAUAUAGAACUGUCGGAGAUUGCUGAGCAAGCCAGGAAGCGUGCCGAAGUUGCAAGGUUGAGGGAGCUUCACACACUCAAAGGACACGUUGAAUCCGUAGUGAAGCUCAAAGGACUCGACAUUGAUACCAUUCAACAACACUACACUGUUUGAGAAACAAAGAAUAUGUGGAACAGGGGUUGUUGUAAGCUAAUUAUUAUUAAUGCCAUGAAGGCCGGAAGAGAUUGGGGUAGAAAUUAGGCUGAACUUUUUUCUUAAAUCAGCAUCUAUCCUAUGUAUUUCAUUUUUCUUUUUGGUAGUAGGCCAACGCAUGGUAUUGGAAUAAUGUUUUGAAUAAUCCAAGUAUCCCUAAGAUUUUGGUACAUGAUAAUU